CAAUGGCUUACUGUAGAUUUUGGAGCGUCUAUCCCCGAGCCCACAGUUCUUGGUCUUUCCUCCUUGGAAUAAUCCGAAGUAAAUGUGUCCCAUGAACUGAUCCAUCUCAGGGUUUGAAGCAUUGACUAUCUCUGCGCCGGUUUUACACAGAAUCCGGCCAGUGAUCCAGCGCUCUGUAGACAAGGCCACGACCAACAGGACCACCGACCCCACACAGAGCACCGAGGCCGCGGAGAAUGUGAUCUGUUUCCACAGAGAAGGCAUCUUACGGGCCCAUGGUGCCCUGAAGACAGAGACACGACGCCGGGCAGCGACCGCGAUGUGCGCUCCACCACCACCAUGAGUUUACCGUGAAGUUUAGUCCCAAAAAUAAAGCAUGGUUUGGAAAAAGCAAUGGUCUCUGUUCAUGAGAUGGUGCGUGUGGUGAGAGAUGUAGCAGAGAAGAAACCGAAUCCACGGUAGUCAGAGAUCUCUUACCGGGAAACUCUAUCCCUUCUCUGUGAGCCAGCUCUCGCUGCCUUCUCCUAAUGCACGGAUGGAAUUAACCUUUACAGUUGGCAUUUGAACUGGACAUUCAUUGUAAAACAAUUCAACCGUGUUAUAAUUCAUUACAGCAACAGAUAGACAACUUCAACCUAAAAGGUCACGGUGCUAGUUAACAGGUCUAAAAGCUAGACCUAUAGUAAGACUAAUUCUGAUAGUAGGCUUUUGAUGCCUUAAAUUUAAAUUGUGAAACUCGGUGUAAAUCAAUUGAGUACGUUUUGGGAACAUUGUACAAAAGUUGUCUCGAGUCUGUUUAUAAUUAUAUACCCAACACUUUGGUGAGUGUAGCGCCCUCUGCUGUCUGAUAAUGGAGCAAACCCUGUUGCGUGAUGACGUGAUUACGCAGUCUCGCAGACGCGGGCAGCAGAGCUGACUGAAGAUGGCCGACUCGCUGUCGUCCAGUCUGGGCGAGGAAAAAGAAAAGGAUAAAGAUGACCGAGAGAGGAGCCGAAGGAAUGCCAGAACAGACACGAACAAAGUCGAUGAUGGCACCACGGAAACUCUGGGUUUUAAGACCAAAAUUGGCGACAGUAAAGCCAAGAAACGCAACCUCUCAGACCUUUCUCUGUUGAGGUUCAUUACCACUGAGCUGACCAGAGGCUACUUCCUCGAACACAAUGAGGCGAAAUACACUGAACGACGAGAGAAGGUCUACACCUGCCUUCGCAUCCCCAAGGAGCUGGAGAAGCUGAUGACAUUUGGCUUCUUCCUGUGCCUGGAUGCUUUUCUCUAUGUGUUCACCUUGUUGCCCCUCAGAGUGAUCCUGGCACUUUUAAGGCUAGUCACAGUGCCGUGUUGUGGUCUCAGUGGUUCCCGUUUGCUGCAGCCGGCCCAGGUGUGCGAUGUGCUCAAAGGCUUCAUCAUGGUGCUGUGUUACUCCAUGAUGAGUUACGUGGACUAUGCCAUGAUGUACCACCUCAUACGGGGCCAAUCUGUCAUCAAGCUCUACAUCAUUUACAACAUGUUAGAGGUGGCAGAUCGCCUGUUCUCCUCCUUCGGCCAGGACAUAUUGGACGCUUUGUACUGGACCGCGACUGAGCCAAAGGAAAAGAAGAGGGCACACAUAGGAGUGAUUCCACACUUCUUCAUGGCUGUGCUCUAUGUCUUUCUCCAUGCCAUUCUUAUUAUGGUUCAGGCCACCACUCUCAAUGUAGCCUUCAACUCUCACAACAAGUCCCUACUGACCAUUAUGAUGUCCAACAACUUUGUGGAAAUCAAAGGAAGUGUGUUUAAGAAGUUUGAAAAGAACAAUCUUUUCCAAAUGUCAAAUAGCGAUAUAAAAGAAAGGUUCACCAAUUACAUCCUUCUGCUCAUUGUAUGUCUGAGGAACAUGGAGCAGUUUUCAUGGAACCCUGACCACUUGUGGGUGCUGUUUCCUGAUGUGGUCAUGGUUAUAGCCUCUGAGGUUGCUGUGGAUGUAGUCAAACAUGCCUUCAUCACCAAAUUCAAUGAUAUUAGUGCAGAUGUCUAUGGUGAAUACCGGGCAAGCCUUGCUUUUGAUCUUGUGAGCAGUCGCCAGAAAAAUGCUUAUACUGACUACAGUGACUCUGUGUCCAGAAGAAUGGGCUUCAUUCCUCUUCCAUUAGCUUUGUUGUUGAUUCGGGUGGUAACAAGUUCGGUGAAGAUCCAGGGUUCACUCUCUUUUAUGUGUGUUCUACUCUUCUAUUUGGGGAUGAUCACUCUGAAGGUGCUGAACAGCAUUGUGCUGCUGGGGACUUCCUGUGUGUUUGUCAAAGAAGCCAACAUGGAAGAAAAACUGUCUGACCCCCCACCGUCCGCAGCCUCAAGCAGAGCCAACUCCAGAGCCCAUCGAAUCAAACUCAUUCACACUUUACCACAACAGGAAGCUGCAGUGGACCGCGGAGGGAUAACACUGUCUUCCGUCAGCCCGCCUCUGUCCAACAUGGCCAACAGCUCUACUCCCACCAUCCCCAAAAGUGACUCAGACACAUUCCUUACUACACCCGACGAAGAUGACGAGAACAAAAUCAUCAACACGGACACAGGCCUAGAAGGAGACAUGAGACCCAAAACGCCAAAGAAAGACUUACUGGAGAUCGACCGCUUCACCAUAUGUGGCAACCGAAUAGACUGAACACUGUGUGAAUCAGGGAUCACAGUAUGGGUCACGCAGUCAGGCUGGACUUGUACUUUUGCACCUGACCCUCAAAUAUUUAUUUAUUUAUUUCUGACAAAACCAGCCAAGGAAUAAAGCUGUCACUGCAAGCCCAUACGCCAGAUGUGUCCUACACUUGGUCGUGGCUUCUGUGCGCUGUAUCCUGCAGUGUCAUAGCAGUGCGGAGGGGACUGUGAAAGUGUGGACACAAGAAUGUGUGUGCAAGAAUGUGUUUGAAAGCACAAUCAAGCACAGUCACAAGUGUUGUAUGAAGGGCAGACCAGUCAGUUUUUAAUUUUUAUAAAAACCUCUAUUUGAAAUGAUUUUUAGAAUAAAUUUCUGAUAUUUUUUCAAGAAACUUCUCCAGGACUGAACAGCCCAUUGAAGUCAGUACAGAGAGCAGUUGUAGUUACUGAUGUUAAAUUCUUUACAUGGCAGCUGUAAAUGCAUGUUUUAUUGGUUUCACACAUGUUGCCAUGCCUUUUAUUUCUAUUGCCAAGUAAACUCAGAAUUCAUCACAGAUCUACAAAUACUGCCUGACUGGUGCAUUUCAUAAAGUCAAAUCAAUGAAAGAAUAUGAGCGUAGUUUAUCGCAGUAAACACUGUCAGAAUGUUCUAAAACAAAAUGUGAAGUGAAUCUUGCAGGGGUUCCCCUUACAGAUCUGUUUCCAUAGACCCCUGACUAUUGUAAUGUCUACUACACUAAAAAUAAGGAAUUCUUUAUUUUCAUGGACUCCCAAAACAUAGCCCAGGGAAACCCCAGAGAAUAGUAGACGUCAGUGUUCGUCAUGAGGCUAAAGAGAAAAUGUUAAGCAAAGCACUUGUUUUUGCCACAACAUAUUCGUAUUCAUAGAAGACAUUAAUUAUGCAAUAUUUUGUGAAUUUGUUUUCCUUUUUCAUUUUCAUUUAACCCCAUAACAUAAACUAUUGAACAGAGUGUAGUGUUUUACAUUUAAUGAUUCAGUAAUUUAGUGAAAGUGACCAAAACUUGUUUGACCUUUUUAUUUUUUUUAGUUGAAAAAACAUUGAUUUUAGUUGCUGUUCAUUGAUUUAGUCCUGUAAAACCAUAUUUCUGGUGUCCUUUUAUGAGAUAGAAGGCCACUGGUUUAUAAGCAUCUCUGCAUUUGCCUUUCCAAAUUUAAUAGUUUUUAAAUAAUUGACACAAGCUUGUAGCAAUUAUUUUGAAGGGUAUGAAUCAAUUACUUUUUGACAACAUUGAACUGCCUCAUAUUCAUAAGUUGGUAUUUGAUUUUGAUUGCAUUUGUUUACAUGCAGUCACAAACUAUUCCAUUUAGUUUUAUCCAGGACACUUGUUUUGUUUUUGUUUUGUUUUUUUGUUCCGGCCUUAUGAUUACAACUUAUGUUUGGUUGGAUUUUAUUGACUUGAAGAAUGUCCUUGGCAGUGUGUUUGAGUGUGAGAGUGAUCAUUUGAAGUGCUUGAAUGGAAUGAACUUAAACAUCAUAACAUCCGUAUCAAAAAUUGACAGUUGUUUACCUUUUCUGAGUGUAAAUGCAUCUCCUUCACAGCAGCAGGAGAAUAAAGAUUUUGCUUUCUAA